AUGGCGCGCCACCCGUACCCCAUGACUCACGUGCGCCUCAGGACGCCCCUGCUGCUCGGCCAGGUGCAUGCGGCGCUGGAGGAGGCGGCAAAGCCCCAGGAGGCGCCCCCCGCCGACGACACCACCGACGCGCCCGCGGCAAAAAGGGGCGGCGGGGCCGGCGGCGGGCUGCUCAACCUGAAAGGCGUGGUGGCGGGCCUUCUGCCCUAUGGGCCAGGAAUAGCGGAGCACGUCGUGCGCACGGCCGGCCUGGACCCCAACCGCCAGCCGGGCAGGCAGCCCCUCGGCGCCGACGAGGUCGCCGCGCUGUUCGGCGGCGUGCAGCAGCUGGAGGGGUGGUUCAGGGGGCUUGAGGAGGGGGCGCCGGCGGGGUAUAUCGGGCAGCAGGAGCGGCCGCCGCAGCAGGGCGGCGGCGAGGACGGGGCAGAGCCCGCGCCCGCUGCGGGGCCCGGCGGCGACGAGGGCCCCGGGGCGCGGCAGGCGAGCGGCGGUGGCGGCGCGGCAGCCGCCGGGGGCGAGGGCGGGGGUGGUGCCGAGGGCGACGGCGAGGGCGACGGGGCGCCGGUGGUGUAUGAGGACUUCAACCCGCUGCGGCUGGCGCAGUGCGCGGGGGAGUCUGUCCUGGAAUUUCCCUCCUUUGACGACGCAUUGGACGAGUUUUACUCGAAGAUCGAGGGCCAGCGCGUGGACGUGGCCAAGGCUGACGCGGAGAAGGCGGCCGUGGGCAAGCUGGAGCGCGUGAAGCAGGACCAGGGGGCGCGUGUCGCGGCCCUGGAGUCUGAGGCGUCGGAGGCGGAGCUGAGGGCCACCCUCAUCGAGUACAACCUGGGAGAGGUGGACGCCGCCAUAGACGCCGUCAACGCCGCCGUCGCGUCCGGCAUGGACUGGCGCGAGCUUGACGCCAUGAUCCGUGAGGAGCGGCGCGCGGGCAACCCCGUGGCGGGCCUGAUCCACAGCCUCCAGCUGGACAGCAACAGGGUGACCCUGCUGCUGCAGAACAACCUGGACGAGGAGGAUGACAGCGAGGAGGCCCAGACGCGGCCGGCCACCAAGGUGCCCGUGGACCUCUCCCUCUCGGCAUACGCCAACGCGCGGCAGCACCAUGAGUCCCGCAAGCGCCAGCUGCAGAAGCGCGACAAGACGCUGGCCGCCAACGAGGCCGCGUUCAAGGCCGCGGAGAAGAAGGCGGCGGCGCAGCUCGCCAACCUCCGCAACAACGCCUCCACGGCACAGGUGGUGCGCAAGGCGGCAUGGUACGAGCGGUUCCACUGGUUCGUGUCCAGCGAGAACUACUUAGUCAUCAGCGGGCGCGACGCGCAGCAGAAUGAAAUGAUCGUGAAGCGGUACUUCAGGAAGGGCGACGCCUACGUUCACGCGGAGCUUCAUGGCGCCAGCUCCACCGUGGUCCGCAACAACGACCCCUCCAAGCCGCUGCCGCCCCUCACGCUGCAGCAGGCGGGCUGCGCGUGCGUGUGUCGCAGCAGGGCGUGGGACCAGAAGGUCGUCACCAGCGCCUACUGGGUGCACCACCACCAGGUCUCCAAGGCGGCCCCCACCGGGGAGUACCUGCCCACCGGUAGUUUUAUGAUCCGCGGCAAGAAGAACUACCUCCCGCCGCAGCCGCUCGUGUUUGGGUUCGGCUUCAUGUUCAAGAGCAGAGGCUCCCCUUUCUCGCCUCGUCGCACGCCGCCCGCCUUCUACCCGCAAGUUGCCUGA